AUGUCUCUUUCUGGGGAGUUUGGGAUCCAGGUAGCCAGUUGCAAAAUCCAGGAGGUUGCAAAGCCCAAGAUUGAGAAAGGCCACUUUCAGAAGGCAGGAAAACUUAGGGGAGAUGACACUAGGGAAAUCCCACUGAGUCCUGGGUUGGGCUCACCUCCUGGACCUCCAGGAGAUCUGGAGGAUGAAGAAGGCUUGAAGCAUCUGCAGCAGGAGGCGGAAAAGCUGGUGGCCUCCCUGCAGGACAGCUCCCUGGAGGAGGAGCAGUUCACGGCUGCCAUGCAGACCCAGGGCUUGCGCCAAUCCUCAGCUGCCACUGCCCUCCCCCUCAGCCAUGGCGCUGCCCGCAAAUGGUUCUACAAGGACCCACAGGGGGAGAUCCAAGGCCCUUUCACAACCCAGGAGAUGGCUGAGUGGUUCCAGGCUGGUUACUUCUCCAUGUCACUGCUGGUGAAGCGGGGCUGUGAUGAGGGCUUCCAGCCUCUGGGAGAGGUGAUCAAGAUGUGGGGCCGGGUGCCCUUUUCCCCUGGACCCUCUCCACCCCCACUGCUGGGGAACAUGGACCAGGAGCGACUGAAGAAGCAGCAGGAGCUCGCUGCGGUGGCCUUGAACCAGCAGCUGCAGCACCAGCACUUUCUUCAGCUGGUCAGCAGCCGCCAGCUCCCGCAGUGUGCACUCCGGGAAAAGGCAGCUAUGGGGGACCUGACGCCGCCGCCGCAGCAGCAGCAGCAGCAGCUCACGACGUUCCUGCAGCAGCUCCAGGCUCUCAAACCCUCCAGAGGUGGAGACCAGAACCUGCUCCCGACAAUGAGCCGGUCCUUGUCGGUGCCGGAUUCAGGCCCCCUCUGGGACUUACAUACCUCAGCCUCAUCACAGUCAGGUGUUAGCAAGUUGCCCAAGAACUACUCAUUGCACUUUGUUGAGAAACAAUUUUCUACAGGCCUCGGUUUCUGCACUGUUUCUAAGCAUUUUGAUACACCCUGCCUUGCAAGGAUGCUUGUAGUGAACAGCCUUGGAAGGAGAUUUCAGUCUAUGGUGAUUUGGCAGCUGGCUCCAUUGCGAGGAAAUACAGGGAAGCACCCUGCUUUAUGGCAGCAAGGAAGCAAAGACAGAGACCAGAAUGGGCCAGAGGUUUCCCAAGCUCAUUUAGAGCCAGCAGUUGGCAGGCAGCAGCAGGCAGCAGCCAGUGGGCAACAGUGUGGGGGUGGCAGCCUGCCAGUGUAUCAUGGUAUGGAGAAGGCUUCCACAGGCUAG